GAUGAUCCUUCUGGUUGGAUGAUAGAGAUGCUCUGUUUAUCCGCAUCUACUGGAAAAUCCCCUUGGAUCAUCUUGCGUAUCGCUUAAAUGAAGCAUCCUCUGUAAUGACAUUAGUAGCCGUAAGCUAUGGCUCAUUGUUUAUAUUCGAAUAUGCAACAUUUGAAAAUGCAAUUUUUUUAUUUCUCGGUGAAGCAGGCCUCAUACAAACAUAGUUCUGAAAUUAAAAUUUAAACGUGUGCGGCAUCUUUUCUUUAUUAUUAAGCCUAAGGAAUUAAAUUAUUACAUUUUUAAAUGGAUAGUCAGUUUAUCUGUACUGUUGAAAUGAUACCUGUGAGAUUGGCGAUGCAGUAAAUUUAAGUUAAUUUUGAAAAUGGAGCUUUUACAUAGAAGUAUGUUGUUCAAGUUUUUACUUUAAAUGUAAAGAAGGGAUGACUUUAAGAUAUAAUUAUGGAUUCCCGAUCGAUACCUGGGCUUAACGAUCAAGAGGCACAUCGAGCCUUAGAGCUUCUGGAAGAAUAUCACAGUAAGCUGACUAGACCACAAGAUAAACAACUGAGGAAUGCAAUAGAAAGAGUAAUUAGGAUAUUUAAGUGCAGAUUAUUUCAAGCUUUACUUGAUAUUCAAGAAUUUUAUGAAAUUACUCUGCUCGAUGAAACUAAAAGUAUACAACAGAAAACAGCAGAAACUUUACAGAUUGCAUGUAAAUGGGAGAACAGCCCUUCCCUUUCUGGCCUUAGUUACCUCAACAGUGAACACCAAAUUGUCAACAAAUUGUUCAGUGUCGUCCACUUUGUUAUUCAUUGCACCAUUGGAAUGUUUUUAGAUGACAUGGGAACAGAGCUGCAUUAUUCAAUUCGUUUUCAUCAUCGGAAUCAGCAUCGGUAAUAUUUUUUUAGCUUUGAACAAACUCCAAAAUGUCUUUGUCUGCCAUAAUUGGAACUGUACACAUAUUAUCAUCAUCUACUGCAACGAAUUCUUCCGAUAAUGCAGUAGGACAGUCCAAUAAUACAGAAAUUUUCUUAAGCAUUUCAUUAAGUGUCGGCUCAGUUUCAAUAUCCUCCUUCUCCAUUUCUUUUGGUGUGAACCAAACUCAGUGAUUUUUACACACAAUGCGAUGUACUCGUCACCGAAUUCCAAAGCCAAUUGAGGAGAGAUGAUAUGCUUUUGUGUGGCAUUUGUAGAGGCGGAGGGUGAAAGUAGCUUAGAUAAACAAAAUUAAUUGUUAAUUAAUGUCACAGGCUAUUCCAAGGGUAUUUCAAAGCCAAGUUAGCCUCCUUUCUACGAAACAUAUGAAACUGCCUCUCUUUCAUUUCAUACUCCUCUUAAAUCUCGAUUGUGUGGCUGGUGCUUUCCAUAUUUUGUUCAUUCCCAGAAGGAAAAUCUUUUUGUGUUAAGCAAUUUUCUUGUUUAAAAAAAAAAAAAAAAAAAAAAAA